AUGGAAGCGGACCACAACAGCAAGCUUCGAUCAGCCGAAGAAGAUGCAGGAUCCAUGGACAAGACCAUUCACAUGACGCCGGCAGAGGAUGUCCGUGCUGAGGUUGGCGUCACCACCACCGAAAGGACUCACCUCAAGCAAGGGUUAGAGCAACGCCACCUUUCGAUGAUUGCAUUGGCGGGAUCCAUCGGAACAGGUCUGUUCUUGUCGCUGGGUGGAUCCAUUCAGACUGGCGGGCCGCUCGGUGCACUUCUGGGCUAUGCAACCGUAGGCGCCAUUGUCUGCGCUGUGCAAUUCGCCCUCGGCGAAGUAUCAGCACUGCUUCCCGUCACCGGCUCCUUCGUCCGCCAUGCCGACUACCUUCUAGACCCAGCCUGGGGUUUUGCGGUGGGCUGGAACAUCGUAUAUGGAAACGUGCUUUCCAUCCCUUCGGAGAUCUCGGCCAUCUGCGUUCUUUUCCAGUUCUGGACGGACAUCAACUCGUCUCUCUGGAUCAUGAUCUUCAUCGUGCUGACUUUCACCAUCGGCGUCGUCUUCAUCCGCGCCUACGGAGAGGUCGAAUUCGCAUUCGCCUCACUCAAGUUGCUAACGGUCGUAUUCCUGAUCAUCUUCGGCCUCGUCGUCAAUCUUGGCGGGAUUCCCGGAGUCGAGCGUAUUGGUUUCCGGUACUGGGAUACGCCAGGACCCUUCGUCGAGUACAUCGGAACAGGCGCCUGGGGUCGGUUCCUCGGCUUCUGGUCGUGCCUCGUCUCUGCUGUCUUUUCCUUCGCUGGAGUCGAAAGUCUCGCCAUGGCAGCAGCCGAAACAAGAAAUCCAGGUCGAACAAUCCCACGAGCCUGCAAGAGGGUAUUUGUUCGUAUCGCUCUGUUCUACUUGCUGGCGGUGCUCGUUGUGGGCAUGCUGGUAGCUUCGGACGAUCCUCGUCUCAACGAUUACUCGGGCACAGCUGCUCAGUCCCCAUUCGUCAUCGCCGUCUCUACAGCAGGCUAUUCUGCGGUAGGAUCCGUGGUCAACGCCAUCGUGAUCACAUCAGCGUGGUCAUCGUCGAAUCAAGCGCUACUGGCUGGAACUCGAGUGCUGUACGGUCUGGCACUGAAGCGUCAAGCUCCGCGCUUCUUCCUUCGAACGACCUCGUGGGGCAUCCCGAUCUACUGCGUGCUCUUCUUCACCGCGUUUAUGUUCCUCAGCUUCAUGACGCUCUCCUCUGGUGCACUUACUGUGUUCUACUGGUUCGUCAGCUUGACCGCGGCAGGUGUGCUGGUAUCGUGGUCGACAGUCUUGCUGAACCACAUCCGCCUCAAGACGGCUCUGCGCAAACAAGGCGUCCCGGCCUCGGAGCUGCCAUGGAAUAACGGAUGGACCGAGUACUCGAGCUACGUCGCUCUUGUCAUGUGUCUCGUCAUCCUUUUCACUGGCGGGUUCAGCGUAUUUACCGCGGGACGAUGGAACGCCAACAGCUUUGUGUCGAGCUACCUGGAUAUCCCGCUGGUGAUCGCCUUCUUCGUGGGAUGGAAGCUGAUCAAGAAGACAAAGUGGGUCAAACUUGAGGAUCUACCAUUGAGGGAAGCGAUCGAGCAGGCCAAAGAGCGAGCUGACCAGGCUCGUCUGGAAGAGGAGGCAGAAGCCGCUGUGAAGGGAGACAGAAGGUGGCUUCGAUUCAUCAGCUGGAUUUGGGAUUGA